GCUGAACCAGCACCAUACGGAGGUCUUAUGACCAAGACCUUGGAAAUCGAAAAGGAGAGAGAGGCACAGAUCAAUGAGCAGACCAUAGAAGUCGACAUCGAUGGGCUCACCGAAGUGGUGAGACCCGAGGCCAUACAUAUCCGUGGUGUUGAUAGUCUUUCGACCGAAGACAUCAAAGGAUUUAUUGACUACUACGUGAACUUCGAGGUCAAGCAAGAGCAGGAUGCCGAAGGCGAACCCAAGACCGUGUACGAGCCAUUCCCCAUUGAUGACCAAAUCACAUUCAGAAUCCAGUGGAUCAAUGAUACCUCGGUCAAUGUGGUAUUCGAGACCCCGGAAUUCUGCCGUAAGGCCCUCAACCAAAUCUUGGUGAACCCCAUCGAAGGUGAUGGCCUUGAGGGUGCCACUCAAGAAAGUCAAGCAAAGUCCUAUACACCUAUUCUUGCUUUCCGUAAGCACCAAAACUUGUUGUCUAGACUCGGAUUGGAAGAUACCAAAGAUGAAGAACAAUCGCAACAGAUGGAAGAAGAUGAGUCCUCGAUCGAAUUGAAGAUCAGACAAGCAUUCCAGUCAGAUAAGAAGGUCAAGAAUGCCCGAGAAUACUCCAGAUACUACUUGAUACAUGGAGAACCAGAGAGAAGAUCUCAUAGAUCCGAAAGACCAGAAAGGUCUGGAAGAAGACCGGACAGGUACAAGUCUAGAGGCCGCAAUCGUGGGGGCAGAAACCACAACGAAGAAGAGGAGGAAGAUCUCUUUGCUCACAAGUUGGCAGGAGGUUCCAAUACUGCUGCUGAUGAAGAAGAGGACCUCUUUGCUCACAAAUUGAGGGAUAGAUCUCCACAAAGAAAUAGAUCAAGGUCUCCAAUGGCCCUUGAUCGUUGAGCGAUGAAGCCAUUGUAUAAUAAUUCCUGGUGAUUCUACAGAUCAUGGAUGAAAGUGCUACCACGAAAGAAUGCUUUGAGGUCAUGACUGUAUAUCCAGUCCAAUAGUUAGUCAGUUU